GAGGUAGCAAACUUCCACUGAUUUUGCAUGCUAUUCGUAGGUUUUGUUGAGUAUAAUUACUGUGAAGUCUAACAAAUUUAGUCGCACGUUAAUUACCCGUGCAACAAAAUGACUGUAGUAGUUACCUCUCGUAUACCGGUACUUCAUACAUAGCAGCUGGAGUAAACUAAGGACAAAUAUACGUAUAGGAAUGGUAAAGAGCGCUAAAAUGUUGUUGUAUCGUCUGACUACUGUAGUGAGCGCUAUUAACGUGGAAUGCUGCUGUCUCUUGACCGACUGAAGAUCACUCUCUCCUGCCCAGUGUGGAUUGAAGUCCGCAGUAUACUCUGAACCUCUGUGCCGCGAAAGUUGUUCUUCGAUUAAUAUAGACAACUACUACUGGAUGUGUACAACAGAAUGCAGAUUUGACUGAAGCUCGAUAAGCAAUAAACAUCAAUUAAAAUGUAUAAGCUCCUAGGAGGAUUGAAGGACUAUUUCAAAAGACAAGACAUUUACACAGAUAGUGCCGUAUUUCGCCUUCAUAAUAGUUUUACAACGGCUCUGCUGCUGGCUUGCAGUUUAGUUAUUACUGCCACACAAUAUGUCGGGCAGCCAAUUAGCUGCAUCGUUAACGGGAUCCCGACACAUGUCGUCAAUACAUUCUGCUGGAUUUCUAGUACGUUCACAAUGCCCGAUGCAUAUAAACGAGAGGUAGGACGCGAGGUUGCCCAUCCUGGCGUAGCGAACGAUUUCAAUGACGAGGAUGCCAAGAAAUACUAUACAUACUAUCAAUGGGUUUGUUUCGUGCUUUUCUUCCAGGCCGCAGCUUGCUAUUUGCCCAAAUUUUUGUGGGAUGCAACGGAAGGGGGAUUGAUGCGUACUAUUGUAAUGGGACUAAACAUCGGAAUUUGCAGAGAAGAAGAGAAAUGUGCCAAAAAACAAGCCCUUAUUGAAUAUGUUCUGAAACGUAUGAGACGCCAUAAAUUAUACGUACUGCGAUAUUUUGCAUGUGAAGCAUUAUGCUUCGUGAACAUAAUUAUUCAACUGUGGAUGAUGAAUCGUUUCUUCGAUGGCGAGUUCUAUUCGUACGGAUGGAAUGUUCUCAAAUUCUCAGAAGUACCACAAGACCAACGCUUAGAUCCAAUGGUGUAUGUUUUUCCAAGGGUUACGAAGUGCAUCUUUCAUAAAUAUGGUGCUUCGGGAUCAAUCCAGAAACACGAUUCCUUAUGUAUCCUGCCGUUGAAUAUUGUGAAUGAGAAGACUUACAUUUUCAUCUGGUUCUGGUUCAUCAUAUUAUCCAUUCUGCUGUUCUGUACAAUCAUUUACAGAGCAAUGAUAAUUUUCAUGCCAUCAUUCCGUGUCCGUCUGCUAAAUACAAUUAACAGAAUGGUGCCCCGUGAAGCAGCUGAAGCUAUCGCACAAAAAACCGAUUUGGGUGACUGGUGGAUAAUAUACAUGCUGGGAGGAAACCUGGAUCCACCUAUAUUCAAAGAUGUAGUAGCAGAACUCGCAAAGCAGAUAGAACCUCCACAUAAAAAUGGAAAACAGAGGCUCUAGGAACCAAUGUGGCUAGAAGAUUUUACACGAUUAGAUCUUAGAACUGCCAUAGAUACCACGAGUUGUGCACGACUUCCAUACUCAUAGACAUAAAUAAAUGUAAACCGUUUUAUUUCAAAAGUUUACCGUUCCUACGAAGAAUUUUAACCAAUCUCUCUAAAAUUUUAUACAUUUUUCACAUUCCGAUCGAUAAUAUAUUUUUAGCUUUAAGCAUCAUGAACCUCUACACAAGUUUAUUAUUAUUGUAAUAAAGCAAUUUAUUUUUACAUAAA